UUUUAGGUUUUGCAGCUGCUGCUGUUUACAGAGAGUCGCAUCGAGGUUCUGAUCUUAGGAAGCAGCAGAAAUGGCGGUACCGUUGCUAACGAAGAAGGUGGUGAAGAAGAGGUCUGCCAAGUUCAUCAGACCCCAGAGCGACCGUAGAAUCACCGUCAAGGAAAGCUGGAGGAGGCCAAAGGGUAUCGAUUCAAGGGUUAGGAGAAAGUUCAAGGGUGUGACGUUGAUGCCCAAUGUGGGUUACGGAUCAGACAAGAAGACACGUCACUACCUCCCGAACGGGUUCAAGAAGUUUGUUGUGCACAACACGAGUGACCUCGAGCUGCUGAUGAUGCACAACAGGACGUACUGCGCGGAGAUUGCCCACAACGUUUCGACAAAGAAGAGGAAGGCUAUUGUGGAGAGAGCUUCUCAGUUGGAUAUUGUUGUUACCAACAGGCUUGCUAGGCUCCGUAGCCAAGAAGACGAGUGAAGUAACUAAACUAGCAAAGGCAUUUGAAAUAUUAAGUUUGUUUCUGGUUUGUUUGCAUUUAUUUCCGUUUUUGUAAGACAGAUUUUGUUUAACUGUUUUUGUGUUUUGCAAUCUACAAACAUGAGUUUUGGUA